UUUUUUUACUCAAAUCUGUUAUUUUGCUGUGUGUUCAGUCAGUGUUGCAGCCGAGCAAAUUUAGUUGCAGCAAACAUAGCCAGCCAGCCAUACCCCGCUUCUUUCUUUCUCUCACUCCGCGGCGGUAUAACACGUUUUUUUUUACUUGCUUCGACUUUAUUAUUCCUAGCGAUAACGCUUUUAUUUUUUAUUCCGCUUUCACUUCUACGCAAUACUUAUUGCAUACUAGACUAAGAACGAGUCUUUGUGGAUAAAAAACAUCAAAUACACAUUUUAACCGACGUUAAUUUAGGAGAAGACAUCUGAAUCCGACUUGACUGUAAACAGUCCACAGCUAGACAACAAGCAAGGGCAUGCAGAAGAGAGGUCAGUGAGGAGGAUGACAACAGAAGAAUAGACAACGGCGAAGGAGGGAUGAGAGAGAGACCGAAAUAAGAGGAGGAAGAGGAACUCCAAAGUGCCUACUGCGAGGAGUUGUCUGCUGCUGUUUACUGCUGGAUGAGAGCAGGACGGGGCUCAGUGUGUGCUUGGCCUUGAAUGGAGGCUAUAUUUUAUCCUGACAGCCACAGUCAUCCAUCCCACGUUGCUAAGCUGCAGUCCCCACAUACCCUGAGCUGAGCCGCCACCUCGUCUCAUCACUGCAAGGACACCAUCCCUAUAAAGAUUCAGCUUUUCUUUUUGUUCUACAGAAAUCUUCUUUCUCAGGCCAUUCAAACAUAACUGCAGUGACUGCCCCAGCCCCGGCCAUGUUGACGUGAAUGUAACGGUGACUUACGGUGGGCGUCAGUCGAUUCAGGUGAAGGCACAGACGCUGUGUCACAUGCCAGAGUGAUGUCCUAUGUGUAGCUUCUGUUUUUUCUUUUUUUCCCUUUCGAAACAGAGCUGGCCUCUGCCCACAGUCUACCCCCUCUAUCUCAAACUUCAGCUGCCACUUUUCCCAGGAAGAACAAAUAAACAUCCACUAAAAUACACCAACCGAAAGGACUCGCUGCCUAUUUGCGCUGAAGAAAAUAUUUUUGCUUCUGUUUCUGAUUUGUUGGGGAUUUCUUUUUCUUGCAUCACUAUUAGUCACCCUUGCUCUCAUCAGACAGUUUUCCGUCCAUCUGCCCUCACCGCUGCUCAGUGUUUUUGAGCAACUUUGAUGGCUGUCAGCAUGACCAUGGGGCGGGAUACCAAAUGGCUGACCCUGGAAGUGUGUCGUGAGUUUCAGAGAGGCACCUGCUCGAGGUCUGAUGCCGAGUGCAAGUUUGCUCACCCCUCCCGAAGCUGCCAUGUGGAGAAUGGCCGAGUCAUCGCCUGCUUUGACUCACUCAAGGGGCGCUGCUCCCGUGAGAACUGUAAAUACCUGCACCCACCGCCACACCUGAAAACCCAGCUGGAGAUUAACGGGAGGAACAACCUGAUCCAGCAGAAGGCCGCAGCAGCCAUGUUGGCUCAACAGAUGCAGUUCAUGCUGCCCGGAGCGCAGUUGCAGCCCAUAACAACAUUCCCAAUGACACCCUCCCUGGCAACAUGUCCCAGUAUGGCAUUCAGUCCAUAUCUGAGCCACAUGGGCCCAGGCAUGGGCUUGAUGUCUGAGCUGCUGCCCAGUACUCCCCUGCUAGUCCCUGGGAGUCCCACCGGCCUGGCAGCCAUGGGCAACGGUACCUCUGCACAAAAACAUAUGCGCACAGACAAGCUGGAGGUUUGUCGAGAAUUCCAGCGCGGUAACUGCACGCGGGGCGAGAGUGACUGCCGCUACGCUCACCCUCUAGAGGCCGGCAUGGUGGACUGCAGCGAGAACUCAGUCAUCGUCUGCAUGGACUACAUUAAAGGUCGCUGCAGCCGAGACAAGUGCAAGUACUUCCAUCCCCCGGCUCACCUGCAGGCCCGGAUCAAGGCUGCACAGCACCAAGCCAGUCACAACACAGCGUCCACAGGCUUGGCUCUGCCUCCAGGUGCCAUGCAGCCGCUACCAAAGAGGUCGAUCUUAGAGAAGAGCAACGGAGCUGCUGCCACCGUCUUCAACCCCAGCAUGUUCCACUACCAGCAAGCCCUGGCUAACAUGCAGCUCCAGCAGACAGCCUUCAUCCCCAGUGGCUCUGUUCUGUGCAUGAUGCCCUCAGGAGACAUUGUUCCCAUGAUGCACGGUGCCACCACCUCCACUGUUUCGUCGGCUUCGACGCCAGUCACCAAUGUUCCUUUCGCUGAAUCUGCCGCCUCGAAUCAGACCCCUCCGAGCUUCUGACUCCUGAUCCAGUGGAGUUCCAGUGCAUUCCCAUGGAAACCCAUUACUGCCCUGUCCCCAAACUGCUGGUGGCGGCUCCUGUGGCACUUAACUCAGUAAGCCUUUCCCGAAACUCCAGUUAAAGUCCCUGUAACCUGUGCACUACCAGGGUGGUCAUCUUUUCUGAAUGCAGCAAACAUGUGCCUCACCUACAGUGCACACUGACUGAGUGUGAAACUUCUUAUAAGAUAUUAUGAACGUAAGAAAGCUGCGAUGGUUCACGCAAUACAAGCCCGGACGUAUUACUGUUGCAUUAAAGCAGCCAUCUUGAUGCGUACUGACUUGAUCAGGCUGAGCAAUAGAGCUCCCUCGUUCUUACAGCCAUACAUGCCCACACCUUAAAAGUGCAGCAGACAUGUACACGCGCACACACACACACACACACACACACACACACACACACACACACACACAUUUAAGACUAAAUGUCCUUAAUAGGUUGGAGCCAUCACAUGAGGCGACCGAACGCUUUUGACUGUUCCAAAGUCAGAAACUCUGAAAAGCUAAUACUGGAAACUGAGACCAUUUGAGUGACAAACAGACCUGUUGCUGGUCUGCAACCAGUAUGUGUUGUCAAAAUAGUGUUUCAUAUCAUGUCAUGUUUACCUUUAAAGAUGGCUACAAAUGUAACAUUUGUGUUGUACCAUGUAUACCAUUCAGUUUGUUCUCAUGGUCUCAUCUUGCCUGAUGAAAUGCCAAUGAGUUGUUCAUUUGUUUGUGCCUUUGAUUUAUCUGCUCAGCUGCAGAGGAGACUUAGUUUCCCAAAAUAAUUCAAAACACUUGACAGCAUACAUUGAAAUAUGUUGUUAUCUGCAAUUAAAGGCAAUAUUUGUUGUUACAAAAAUACUAUGUAUCAACUGUUAGCUCCUAUUCUAAAACUAAAACAACAGUGAUCGCCACUUUAAAUUUAUAUUGUUUCAUGAAUGUUAAGUAUGAUUUGAAAUGUUUUUUUGUCUCCCAGUUUCACAGUCAGUAUCUGGUACUGGAUAAUAGCAUCAUAUGAGACAUUACUUUUUAUGUAAUGCAACAAUCUUAAGGAACUACAAAUUGAAAGAGUGACAUAACAUUAGCAUUCAAUCACUUCUAUACUGAAGGGGCUGAGUUGAGAGAUUUUUAAGAAUGCGCUUUUCUUGAUUUAAGAAACAAACUGCCUUAAAGCAGGUGAGGUCAUGUUAUUAAAACAGUUGAAUUUAAGUGAUGUAGUAUCUUUAGUCAUGGCUGUGAUGGGUAAUUGUCUAAUGACUAAAAAGGAACGUUUGUUUGUCCUGUUUCCUCCAUGAUUUGAUAUCGAAACAUGGUGUAAAAGAAUGACAAUCUCCAGGUGUAGUCAAGUUCACUUCUUGGCCUCCCCCACAACCCCAGAUUUCCUGUGUUCAACUCACCUGAAAUCACAGUAAAGACAAAAUGAUAAUUCAUCAUGCGAUGAGAGUCAGAUCUAAGAUUACAGACUUUUAUAAUUGGCACUUCUUCAACUUUUACACCUGAUGUUAGAGUUAUUGCACAAGAUGGGAGCUGGAUUUGUUUCCUGUUGUUGUGCCUAAAGUCUGUGUGUGCCAAGUCGUGGAUGGUAAAUGCAAGUAGCUGCCCCAUUUAAUGCAAUACCUAAAUAAUUCCUCUAAAUGAAUGUCUCCCUCUCAAACUCAGAGAUGUGUUUUACGUAAAAAGGCAGUUUGUUUGUGUAAUUCUCUUCUUUCAUGCGGCUUUUGGGUUGAACACGUGGCACAAGAUUUUUAUGUUUUAUGGCUCUUCAGGGAGAAAGCUUAGAACUUGAAAAUGUCCUGUCUGACUUUAUAAUGUGUCGUCUUUUCUACUGAUGUGUCCUUUUUGCCAAAAGUAGUCAGACUCUGAAUAUUGCAGCCACACCAGUUUAUAGCCAGAACUGAUUUAUGGUAAAGUCAGGAGAUGGAGGAAUAAAUCACCCGUUUGAUGUCUGAUGGUAAGAAAUUACAAACCAGUUGGAUAUUUGGUUUUCAAAUGUCUGUAAGGAAUUGCUUUAGGUGCGAAAAAUUGAACGUAACAGCCUGGAAACCGGGCUGAAAUAACUUUUAUCCAAAUUCAAAUGUGCCUCUUUUAAGUCUCCUCAACCCACCACUGUCAAUACACUGUAAGAACAGACCAAUGCUCAAAGAUAGAUAUGUUAUUUGGAGUGUUAGUAUAAGAGUAAAUCACAUCUGUACUAGUUUCUUCUCUGAGACAGCUGUGCUGUCUUAUUGUUAAUGUUCAGAAAUAGAUCAGUGAGUUGUGUGCAUACUUAAGUGUGUUGAAAAAGACAAUGGAUUACAUACUUGUUUAGUUGUAAAUGCUGCAGAUAUUAUGGCAUUUGCCACUGAACAUUAUUCAUUUUAAAUAAUGUUAUUGUGUCGUGAAUGUAUCUAAUGCAAAAACUCUACACAUGUCCUUCUAAAAGACAGGCAUGUUGAAAUGUAAUGAUUCACUAUAUACAGUAUAGACUAUUUCUGAGGUCACAUAGGUACCAUGCUGAUACUGUGUUAAGACAUAUUAAAGUAUGUGUAUUGUUAUAUAGAUUUAUAUUUAAUGUCAAUGGAUGGUGUGACUACUUUUAGAAAUAUCUUUCACUCCCAGAAAAGGUAGAGCAGAAUUGUACUUUUUUAAGUACAAAUGUACACCGUACAGGUACAUACCAGUACCAUUUAUUGCUUGUCAGUUGUUGUACCUCUCCCUUGGAAAGUACCCAAAAUGCACCUAUAAACAAUGGUAUAAUCAUGGGGAAAAAUUGAAGAAAUCGACAUGCUACCCUUUUUUAGCAUUUGUUUUUCCACUGGGGAGGCUGUACACAGAAGAAAUAGUGUAGACAGACCACCCAGUAGGAGUUGGUAGUGCUGUGACAAAGAUGUAAUCCCUCACCAGUUACCACCCAUUAACACAGCCAACUGUGUUCAAUGGGGGCAACAUGGAAGUACAGUUCCUUGGAAUUGACCCUGGUUUGGGUGGGUGAAUGCCUUUUACCAUCUGGGAGCCCCAAUCAUUGUGCUACCUUAAGUUCACAUUGAAUUGGUAUCAAUGUGUCUCUUAAAGGAACAGUGCGCUUAUUCGUUUUAUUUCCGAGUUAGAUGAGAAGACUGAUUCUGUUCUCAUGUUUUUGCUAAAUAUGAACCUUGAAUCUGCAGAAACUUAGCUUAGAAUAAAGACUAUUCUAGAAUAUAAAUGGCUAAAAUACACAUAACAGCAUCUCUAAAACUCACUCAUUACCACAUUAUAUCUUGUUUGUUUUAAUCAGUACACUAACAGAAAUAUAAAAAUAACUCGACGAGCUUGGCGAUGACUCAAUCUCAACAAGCUCGAUUUGUAGCUUUAUAAAUUACGUCAAAUCUAAUUUGGCAUUUCUGUACACAUGACAUAAAUACCAAUACGAUAUAUCUAAAAUAAACUAAUAUUGGCCGAUAUACUGCUUUCAUUCUACUUUGGACAGAGCUAAGCUCGCUUAUACCCGUUUCCAGUCUUUAUGCUGAGCUAAGCUCAUAAAAACUGUCUUCUGGUUCAAUCUUCAUAUUUACUGCACAGACGGGAGAUUGAUAUUAAUCUUUUUGUCUAACCUUCUAAAGGAAAGUCAAUAAGCAUGUUUCCCAAAAUGCUGAAUUAUUUAUUUAAACUGUCAUUUACUUUUUAUCUCCAUGGUGGAUCAAACAUUUUGUCGCCUGUUAAAUGCCUAUAAUCGUACAUCUGUAAACAAAUUUUUUUUUGGUAGAGAAACGUACUUCUCCUUUACCACUGUUUUUGAGUGUGUUGAGUAACUACAUUUUCACAAGUCUUUGAAGUCUUUGAACAGAAAUAUGUCUCUCCUACUCGAUGAAAUUGAUGAUUCGAAUGUCCUGACAAUUUAGUUUGUCUAAAUCUUACAGCUUUUUUAAAGACUAGUUUUGUCCAGCCAAGAAAACCCCUCCCUCUAGCCUUCGUCUCCCCCUCCCCCCUUCACAUCAUUAUGCCUUCAUUAACUGCUUUCCAGCUGGAAAAAAAAAACCAGAAUACUUGAUUAACAAAAUGUGCCUCUGAAGGCAUUUGAAUUUUUAAGUACAUUUAGACAUAUGUAUUGAUGCACAAAAGUAUGUUAGUUAGGGGAAUUGCGGUGUGGCAUGAAAAAAUUUUGUUUUUACAUCUUUCCCUUUCUCAUUCUCAUGUAAUUGAUUUCCUUUAGGCCUCACUGUAGUUUUUCCUAUACAGUCAUGAAUCAUAACUCUGAAAUAUGCAAAAUGCUCUGAUCAUUGUGUCAAGUGACCAGAUCCUUUAGCAUGUGGACAGUUAAUUCGGUCCUGAGCAUACUUCUGUUGCCCGGGCCACAAACAAAGGGCCUUAUUUCUUGAUCACUGUAUAAAGAUGUGAUAGCUGUGUAUGAAAGUGACAUGUAUUAAUGGUAAGUUAAGCUUCUUCUUUUUUUUUAACUGACAUAAAAAAAGACAGCAUGGAAAUAAAAAAAAAAUAUCAUUUAUACAUAGUUAAUAGUUUGUGUAAACCAAGAAGAAAAAAAAUAUAAUAUGAAAAUCAUUUGUACACAAUGAUGGAGUCAUUGUUAUUGGUAAUAGCUGUUGCUAUGGCAACAAAAUGACAACAUGGCUACCUUUCUAUUACCCUAAUUGUGAUUUUUUUUUAACGUUAUUUGAAAUAAAUAACAUCACUAACUUAUUCAAAAAGGGAAUGUCUAAUUAGUUUGUCUUGUUGUUGCAACGCGAUUAAGUAUUUUGUAUGGGAAACUUAAAUCCUUGUAAUAUCCAAAGGUCCUUAGGGGAGAUCAGGUGUUUGUUUUGUUUUGUUUGUUUGACCUUAAUUAUUAUUUUUUUUGUUCUUGUACAUGGUGUUUUUGAGAAAUAAGAAUGGACUUUGGCUUUUAAAGCAAACACCUAUCUGUCAGGAAGGUAAAGAGGCUUUUGGACUUAUUGAAAGAUCUUCAUCUUUUUCUGUAAAAUCAAACUAGUCAGCAUUUCUCACUGUUCACCUCCUGCAGACUGGAUGGCCCUCGUUCAGGUGUGUCUGUAUGGGGGCUGAGCUUGUAUUAGGGAGUUCUGUUUCAGUUUGGCCAAGAGGGUGGUUCAGAGGUCUCUUUCUGCCCAGCUGUGCUGGGUGAUGUCGAUCCUUGCUGAGGUGUAUACGAAUGUGUGAUGUUCACCUUGUUUGCACUUAUGUACAUAACUAUGUCAAAAUACUCAAAAUUUAUUUUGAAUAAAUAUAGAUGAAAGAGUUGAUGACAAAUCCAAUCAGUGUAUUGUUAAUGAUAUGAGUAUGUCUAUCAUUUUAUUACGGUAUAAAAAGAUUGCUUUGAGUUAUCUGUCCUAUUGUUUGUUUGUUUGCUAGAGCUCUGUUCUUUGCCAAGCAUGACUUUGCCUAGCUGUAAACCAUGAAUGCUUUGCUUUCAAAAAGCCUUUUUUUCAGUGAAUUUACUGUAAUAUCUGACCCUGUUAUCAAACAAGAGAGGUGGAUUAGAAGAAACAGUCAGUCUGGAAUAUAUAUAAUAAACCAGUGCUAACCCUUGGUCUUAAAUACUCAUCAUGAAUACAUGAAUGCAGGUGCAUUCCUCUCUCCAGUAAUGUACCCAAAAAGCACAGCGUAGCUCCACCUGCAGGCUGAAAAGCAGCCAGGAAGAAAAGAGGAGCAUAUAUAGAGCUCAGCCUAUAGAGGCACAUGGAUGUGACAUGUAUUCACAGGGUUUUGAAUUCACUUGACUUUUGUCAUUUUGUGAAAUGAGUUAUUCUUUGCUCCCUUGUUGUCAUCAUCCAAAACAACAAUACAUCUGAAUUCUCCUCAGGAUUUUAGUUAAAACUGCAAACAACCUGGUUUUCCAAUGUUAUUCUUGCAGCAGCAGCAACAUCCUUACACAACUCUGUUCCUGCAGAUUUGGACAUGUGACGUCCUUCAAUUGCUAUUAAAGCCAGCGAUUUUGUUGCCAUGGCACUUAGGUCCUAGUAGUGGAUUAACUGAGUCAUCCUGGUGAAUCAGUUCACAGCCCUCUGACUCCACAUGUGGAGUGGACUUAACAUACUGUGGGUUUCCAGUGACAAACGAGUAAAUAAGACUGUGACUUUGUUUUGAAAUUGAUUUAUUGUUGCCAUUAUUUUAAAAUGAUUUGUUUGUAAUUGUGCCUUUAUCAUGCAAGAUGUAGUUUUCUUUUACACUUUACAUUUAAAUUGACUUAAACAGCACAUGUGUGUGUAAGACUAUUCCCUUUAUUUAAAAUCCUUUGUUGCUGAGUCAUUAUUAAAUUGGGUAAAAUCCUAAUACAUCCAUGGUACAAUCGCAGACUGAAUGGCAACCCAUAGAAGAUGAUGAGGGCCAAAGACUGUUCAGGACUAAGCCAUAUGAAAAACUCUCUCUGACACUCUAGGACAGAUGUGAGAGUGACUGCUGUUUCUUAGUCGUCUAUCGUUUCACUCUGUUUUCUGCUUGUGGUGCUUGUAUGUGCUGCUGUGCUACAUGCCAAUUUAUUUUGCAGUGUAUAGCUAUUAAGAGUAAGUUACUGUGCCUAUGAUGAGUUCUGCGAUUUCUGUUUGACCUUUAAUAAAACACAUAAUUGUGA